CCUGUGUAUGCUUGUAUGAAUGAUUGAUUGCAUCUUAAGUACGUCUACGGUCUCCACCGGCCACUCGAAGAUAAUGGCAAUGUUUUGGAAAACCGUCUUCUUCUUUUUCUUCUUCCGCGUCCACACAUGGAAUGAUGGGCGUGAUUUUACAUUUGAGAACGACUUGACUUGGCGGUGGGCUCGUACUAUAUCUAUGGAACCAGAGAAGCAGAAAAGAAGACGAGUGGCUGAGAAGAACAUACUUUAACAAGGUAAUUAAGCAUGGGUAUAGUAUUGUUGUUGAUGGCAGUGGGGGUGAGUUGGAUGGUGCUGGCUAUGAGCGUGGGUGCCAGUAAAUGCAUCGAUGCGGAGAGGGAAGUGCUUCUCCAGUUUAAGCGCAACAUUGUUGACGAGCAGGACCGUCUGCACUCUUGGGGCAACCACAACGAAGAUUGCUGCAGGGGUUGGACUGGGGUUGGGUGUGAUAACCUCACAGGCCAUGUCAUCAAGAUUGAUCUUUAUCCUGUGUAUCUGCCGACCGCGAAAGUUAGGUAUACCAGCAUUCCAUUCAUCGAUGAGCUGCGCUAUUUGAAGUAUUUGGAUCUUGGCUUAAUCAGCAACUUGCUGGCAAACCAGAGCAUCUCAACAUUGAUUGGGAGUAAUGAUAACAACAACGGUAGUAUGGUUUCCCUUCAACAUCUAGGUCUUAGGGACACCGGAAUUGUUGGCACCAUUCCAGAUAAUUUUGGAAGUAGCAUGCCUGCCCUCACACACCUUGAUCUCAGUGUUAAUGGUUUACAAGGUCCCAUUCCUGAAAAUUUUGGGAACUGCAUGCCUGCCCUCACACACCUUGAUCUCAGUGUUAAUGGUUUACAAGGUCCCAUUCCUGAAAAUUUUGGGAACUGCAUGCCUGCCCUCACACACCUUGAUCUCAGUGCUAAUGGUUUACAAGGUCCCAUUCCUGAAAAUUUUGGGAACUGCAUGUCUGCCCUCACACACCUUGAUCUCAGUGUUAAUGGUUUACAAGGUCCCAUUCCUGAAAAUUUUGGGAACUGCAUGUCUGCCCUCACACACCUUGAUCUCAGUGCUAAUGGUUUACAAGGUCCCAUUCUUGAAAAUGGUUUUGGGCAUAUGUGGUCCCUGGCAUACCUUGACAUUAGCGGAAACUUUUUGGGCGGUCAAAUCCCAACGAGUUUCGGAGAAAACAUGACCAGCCUUACAUAUCUUGGCCUGAGCUAUACUAGUUUAGAAGGCUCGAUUCCUGAAUCUUUUGGAAAGUUGGUCAAGUUGACUCACCUUCACCUGAGUUAUAAUAGAUUUGAAGGAGAAAUCCCAAAAUCCAUUUGGAAUAUAUGCACUCUUAAGAACCUGGACUUGGAAUUCAACCAUCUUAAUGGAAGCCUAAUCAUGUCCACAUUAUGCCCAAAUCACCCUCUGCAGCUAUUGUAUUUAACUAGCAACCGACUCAUGGGGUCAUUUCCUGAACUUACCAUGUUCCCCUAUUUAAACGAAUUACAUCUCGGUAAUAACCUCCUACAUGGGGUCAUUUCUGAACAUCAUUUUGUUACUCUCUCCCACCUAUAUAAACUGGACUUAUCUUCAAACAAUGUCACUUUCAAUUUCACCUCUACUUGGCUUCCUCCCUUCCAACUGCAAUUUAUAUACCUUCAGUCCUGUAACUUGGGCCCUGAAUUUCCAAAUUGGCUUAGAACUCAAGUGAACUACAUAGAACUUGACAUUUCCAAUAACGCCAUCUCGGAUUCAAUUCCCUCCUGGUUUUGGAAUACAACUACUGAGUUUCUGAGAAUUAAUGCUUCUCAUAACGCAAUCAAGGGAAGAAUUGUAAGCAGUGCUCAAGUAUCACCGGGGUUUCGAACCGCGGUUCUACUAGAUUUGAGUUUCAAUGAAUUAGAAGGUUCCAUUCCACAAUCAUUCUUCAAUGUGUCAGCGAUGUACCUCUCUCAUAAUAACAUCACUGAAAUCAACUCCCUGUGUGACAUUAAGGGUCCUAAGGCAGCUAUUGCUUUGCGGCUUUUGGAUAUCUCAUUCAAUCAACUUUCAGGAACACUUCCGGACUGUUGGUCAAGUCUAUCUAGUCUGGUGGUUCUCAACUUGGCAAACAAUCACAAUCUAUCAGGGAGUCUUCCAACUUCUAUUGGAUCAUUGGCAUCCCUAUGGGCAUUGCAUCUUGACCAUAACAGUUUUACGGGAGUUCUACCUUCAUCCAUUAAAAACUGCUCCAAAUUGGUAUCUUUACAACUGGGACACAAUAACUUAUCUGGACCAAUACCAGAUUGGGUGGGUGAAAGUCUACCACAGCUUGCGGUUCUUGUGCUAGGAUCCAACCACUUCAGUGCAAGUGUACCAACAAGUCUCUGUCAUCUCCAAUCUCUUCAACUGUUGGACCUGUCCAUGAACCACCUCUCAGGGAGUCUUCCCAACUGUCUUUUGAAUCUCACUCAAAUGAAUGUAAUAAAAGGCGGCAGUCCCAGGAUUUCUCUUGAGAUAUCAGUAUCUCUCGAAGCUUCAACUUUUUCAGGUGAUAUGCCUAUCAACGAAGAUGACAAAACAGAUACCGUAUGGAAAGGUAAGGUCUCUGAAUUUGAUAGUAUAUUAGGGCUCCUAAAAAGUAUUGAUCUCUCAUCCAAUGUACUGACCGGUGAAAUUCCAAGUGAAAUCACAUCGCUUGUUGGGCUGCGUUCUUUGAACUUAUCACAAAACAACCUAAGCGGACAAAUUCCCUUAAGGAUUGGUAACUUGGCAAACUUAGAGGCUCUUGAUUUGUCUAAUAACCAUUUGUCUGGUAGCAUUCCUCAAAGCCUUGCCCUGAUUGAUCGCAUAAGUGCUCUCAAUGUGUCCAACAAUAACUUAUCAGGCAAAAUCCCGAAAAGCACUCAACUUCAGAGCUUUGAUGCAAGUGCAUACAUGGGGAAUCUCGGGCUAUGCGGAGAUCCACUCCUCAAUAGUUGUCCAGGAGAAGAAUUAACUUAUCCUUCUCCUCCUGGACUCAGUGAAGAAGAAAAAGGAGAAGAUGUAGAUAAGAUUUUCGGUGGUGACUUUUAUGCAAGCAUGGGGGUGGGAUAUGCAUUUGGAUUCCUUACGAUUCUUGGGACAGUGCUAUUCAACAGGUCUUUUAGGUUUUUUUUUUUCAAAGUCCUUGAUAAUUUUGCUAAUUGGGCUUAUGUUGUGGCUGCAAUCUACAAGGCAAAGCUUCUGAGAAUACUUGGGAGUUAAUAGGUCAGGGUAAGUACCCCUUACUUACAUGAGUUACAUCACAUGCAUCACCCCCCCCCCACAUAAAACUAGCUAGUAUCACUUUUAGGUUAUAUAUCCCCACUCUUUUUUCUCUGUUUUGUUUUUGUAAUGUCAUUGUUCCUCUUGGAUAAUGUGGUUACGUGCUGGUUUAAUCUUUGUGGAGUUUGGGGCACUUUUGUCUCUUCAUUCUAGAUUUCUAGUUCAUUGUGGUUAAAAUCUUAUAGUUCACUUUUGUCAAACAUGUACUACAAGUAUAUGUUCCAAGAAGGCAGUAACAAAGUUUCUC